AUGCAAGGAAACGUCCUCUUCCAAGAGAAUGGCGGUUACAACCCAACUAAUCAAACUGACGACUUGCAAUUCUAUCAAACAACAUACAGCUCACAACAAGGCCAGACGGGAGGAGGUCAAUAUCCAUAUACAGCUGGCAGCAGUACUGCUCCAAUUGGUGGUGGCAGUGUAGAUUAUUCGCCCCCGGGAAUAGUCACUUGGGAGUCUAUUAGGACGGCAUUUGGAACUGGUGGUUAUCCGGGCGAAGCUCCCUUACUGGAAGAAUUGGGAAUCAACUUUGAACAUAUUCGAACAAAAUCUAUAACAGUACUCAACCCACUAAGACCAAUGGACAAACACAUCAUGGACGACACGGAUCUAGCUGGUCCUUUAAUAUUCGUCUUUUUAUGUGGUGGUUUCUUACUGCUAUCUGGCAAAAUCCAAUUCGGAUACAUUUACGGAGUCGCAAUGCUGGGCUGUGUAUCAAUCUAUAUGAUUCUCAACCUAAUGAGUGAAAUGGGUAUUGAUGGAUAUCGAACUGCCAGUGUAUUGGGUUACUGUUUAUUACCAAUGGUCUUGCUGAGUUCCGUGUCUGUGCUAUUACGACUAGGGGGCCUGAUUGGACUGAUACUAGCAAUGAUAUCCGUAGUAUGGUGUACAUAUUCAGCAUCACUCAUGUUUGUCACCGUUCUAUCAAUGACUGAACAAAGAAUGCUCGUCGCAUAUCCAAUCUUCUUGGUAUAUGCCAUAUUCGGUCUCCUCAUCAUCCUGUAA